AUGACGAGUCAUCCAAACACAAGGAACAACUUUGAAGAGAAUGGAGCUUUGAAAAGAAAACUAGGCGAAGUCAAUAAAUUGUUAGAACAUGUGAUGGUGGGAGAGGCAUUUCAGAAAAAUACUACAAAGAUUUUGGAGUACCUAGUGGGGAAUCAAAUAUCCCGACUAGGCAUUUGUGGAAUGGGGGGUGUUGGUAAAACGACUAUUAUGUUGCACAUACAUAAUAGACUCCUCGAAGAAGCAAACUAUGGCAAUGUGUUGUGGAUAACUGUGUCACAGGAUUUCAAAACACGAAAGUUGCAGGACACCAUUUGGGAGGCACUAGGUUUGGACAAGCUACAAGAAAAGGAUGUGAGGAAACGAGCGGCAAUGUUGUGCGAUCGUUUAACGAAAAGAGGCAAAUUUACAAUAAUCCUUGAUGAUGUGUGGGAAUGCAUUGAUCUUACAAAGGUGGGAAUCCCAGUUAAAGUGGAUGGAAUAAAGUUGGUCUUAACCACCCGAUUUUUUGACAUAUGCCACCAGAUGCAAUGUCAAAUGAUAAAAAUUGAACCUCUAUCUGAUAUAGAAGCCAAGAAUUUAUUUUUGGAGAAGCUUGGUUCUGAAGUGGCCCUUAAUUUGGAAACUGAAGCAAUUGUGAUGUCCGUUAUUAAAGAAUGUGCAGGCUUGCCACUUGCUAUCAUUACGAUAGCAAGAAGCAUGCGAGGAGUGACCAACGUGUUUGAAUGGAAGGAUUGCUUGGAGAAAUUGAAAGAAUCAGAUAUGGGGCAAAUGAAUAUGGAAAAGGUCUUAAGGAAACUAAAAUUCAGUUACAAUCGCCUUGGUGAUCAUGAAUAUCAACAAUGUUUCUUAUCCUGUGCACUUUAUCCAGAAGAUUGGUUGAUUGACAAGUUCGAGUUAAUAGAAUUCUUUAUUGACCAAGGAUUAAUUGGUCGAUUGAAUACAAGGGAGAAACAAUAUGAUAGAGGCCUCACCAUAUUGCAAAAACUGGUAAAUGCUUGCCUAUUGGAAGAUCAUGACGGCAAGAUGAAGAUGCAUGAUUUGAUUAGAGACAUGGCAUUGGACAUCAUGAGUGUGACUUCGAUUGUAAAAGCAGGAAAAGGGUUGCGGAGGAUACCAUCGGAAGAAUAUUGGAUGGAUGCUUUGGAGAAAGUUUCUUUGAUGGGAAUUAUAUUGCAGAAUUUCCCUUGA